GGAAAGGGAGAUCCACUUAUGCUGAUGCUGAUGUUACCCUUUUAACAUUUUCUGCGUUUCGUCGGUACCUUUGAAUUUGUUAGCACUGAGAUUUGCUAGACUGUUAGACAUACUCCAUCGCUCAUCAUUCAAUGCCCAUCGCCUGUUUAACUCGAAUCCAUUCUAAAUUCAACAACGAAUCCCACAAUCACUUACCUAUUUACUAUUCAACAUUCACGAUUUUGACGUUUAUUUUCUUCCCUCAUCGUCGCCUUAUUUCUUCGACCCAGUAAUCUGCUACUUUACAUUCUCAUCUUUCACGGCCCUGAACCACCCCCGUGUUCCCGCUCAUUCGUCCUGCACUAAGCACAAACAAACCACAUACCAGCCUAACCAGUGACCACGACUCCUAAUCCUCUUCUAUUCGAAUAAAUCCUUGAAACUCAACCGUGAUCUCCACCUCAUGACUAUGGUAUACGAAAGUCAAAAGACUCUGAUUAUUUAAUGCAACCAAGCAGGCAGCUUUAGACUGACUCAAUAACCGCCAUUGCUAUCAUCAUCAUUACCUCCUUUCAUGCCCGCAUGCCUCCCAUCUUCCUCCCUUUGUAACCCGAACCCCUUCGCGACAUGGCUGGCAGGGCGCCUCCUGGGGGCUCCUCCAGCUCUAACAAUGACUUAUUACUUGACCUCGACGACUAUUCUCCCCAUGGCGGACAAAGACCACCCGUGAACGAUGAUAAUAACGGUCGACCGUCAGUAUCCUACGAUGACUUUGUUGGCGGUAACAACCCGGCUACCCACCCGACAGCAAAAAACCCACCAAUGGGCGCCGGCGCUUCACAUCCUCGUGCACCAUAUAUGGCCGAGGCUGACAGACAGUACAGCCAAACCUCUGACUUGCAUAAUUACCAGAGAUAUGCCGACGACUUCGACGACUAUCCCGACGAUGGCCAGUCUUAUUAUCAACAUGGAGGAGCUAUAGGCGCAACCAGCGACUCAGAUGGUCGGUCUAAUGCGCGGAACCGCAAUAGUGUACUGGGACUAGGAGGUGGAAUCUUGGGCAAAGCUAAAAACAUGUUCGGGAUGGGACAGCAAGGUUAUUCGGAAAUGGACUUACCUUUGACGGAGCCAAGCCGUGGGCGCGGAGAUUCCUCAGCUGAGCCACCGAAGCAGGGCAAGAAAUUUGAGUUGAAGAACUUCAGGUUUGGUUUUGGUGGAGGUAAACCAGAUCCGUCAACUCUCGGCCCCCGAAUCAUCCAUUUGAACAACCCCCCUGCGAAUGCAGCAAACAAAUACGUCGACAACCACGUCUCUACCGCUAAAUAUAACGUCGCUACCUUCUUACCUAAGUUCCUAAUCGAGCAAUUCUCCAAAUUUGCCAAUGUCUUCUUCUUGUUCACUGCGGCACUGCAGCAAAUUCCGAACUUGUCUCCAACGAAUCGUUAUACCACCAUUGGCCCUCUUGUUGUUGUGUUGCUGGUAUCUGCAGGCAAGGAGCUGGUGGAAGAUUAUCGAAGGAAACAGGCCGACAGUGCGCUCAAUAACUCGAAGGCUAAAAUUCUGCGAGGCUCGGCCUUCGAACAGACGAAAUGGAUCAAUGUGUCUGUGGGAGACAUUGUGCGAGUUGAAUCAGAGGAGCCUUUCCCGGCUGAUAUCGUCUUGCUUGCGAGCUCCGAACCGGAGGGCUUGUGCUAUAUUGAGACUGCAAACCUUGAUGGUGAAACUAACCUGAAGAUCAAGCAGGCAUUGCCAGAGACAUCCACCAUGGUUAGCCCGGCGGAAUUAAGUAGACUGGGGGGCAGAGUACGAUCCGAGCAGCCGAACAGUAGUUUAUAUACCUAUGAAGCGACUUUGACUAUGCAAGCCGGUGGAGGGGAAAAGGAGCUGCCUCUUACCCCAGAGCAGUUGUUACUUCGAGGUGCUACUCUCAGGAAUACGCCCUGGGUCCACGGCAUAGUGGUAUUCACGGGACAUGAGACGAAGCUUAUGCGAAACGCUACUGCGGCCCCGAUCAAGCGAACCAAAGUCGAACGACAACUCAACAUGCUGGUCCUUGCCUUGGUUGGUAUGCUUCUCGUUCUUAGCAUUAUUUGUACUGUGGGGGAGCUGGUUUUCCGAUCCGUCAGAUCCGACUCGAUUCCAUACUUGCAACUGGAUACACUCGACGAUGCUGGGGAAAUUGUACAGGCAAUAUUCAAGGACCUCGUCACAUAUUGGGUCUUAUUCUCUUCAUUGGUUCCUAUCUCGCUAUUCGUAACUGUCGAAAUGGUCAAAUACUGGCAUGGCAUUCUGAUAAAUGACGACUUGGAUAUCUACUACGACAAGACGGAUACGCCUGCAAACUGUCGAACGUCAAGUUUGGUGGAAGAGUUGGGCAUGGUUGGGUUUGUCUUCUCGGACAAGACGGGAACUUUGACGUGCAACAUGAUGGAAUUCAAGCAAUGCUCAAUCAGCGGCAUACAAUACGCAGAUGAGGUACCAGAGGAUCGAAGGGCUACCAUGCAGGAUGGCGUGGAAGUUGGAAUUCACGAUUUCAAGCGACUGGCCGAGAACCUAAAAUCGCAUGAGAGCUCUGAGGCCAUACAUCACUUCCUGGCACUUCUUUCAACCUGCCAUACCGUUAUUCCGGAACGAGAGGAAGCUAAGGGCGGCAAGAUUAAGUACCAAGCUGCCUCUCCUGAUGAGGGCGCAUUAGUUCAGGGAGCUGUGACCAUGGGUUAUACGUUCGUUGCUCGCAAACCACGAUCCGUCAUUAUCGAAGUCGCAGGCAGAGAGUAUGAAUAUGAGCUCUUGGCUGUCUGUGAGUUCAACUCCACGAGAAAGCGAAUGUCAGCAAUAUACAGAUGCCCUGAUGGGAAAAUUCGAUUAUACUGUAAAGGCGCAGACACAGUCAUCCUCGAGCGAUUGAACGAGGACAACCCGCACGUCGAGCAAACUUUACUCCACUUGGAGGAGUAUGCAUCUGAAGGUCUUCGAACUCUUUGUCUAGCAAUGCGCGAGAUCCCCGAACAUGAGUAUCAGGAAUGGCACUCUAUUUUUGACAAGGCCCAAACUACCGUGGGCGGUAAUCGUGCGGAUGAGCUGGACAAGGCCGCCGAGAUUAUCGAGCACAGCUUUUACUUACUAGGUGCAACUGCCAUCGAGGAUCGCCUCCAAGAUGGCGUCCCGGAGACUAUUCACACACUUCAGCAAGCGAAUAUCAAGGUUUGGGUCUUGACUGGAGAUCGCCAAGAAACAGCUAUCAAUAUCGGCAUGAGCUCCAAGCUGCUAAGCGAAGAUAUGAUGCUUCUUAUUGUCAAUGAAGAGAAUGCCGUAGCAACCCGCGAUAACAUUCAAAAGAAACUUGACGCCAUCCGCAACAAUGCAGAUGGAUCCGUUGAAAUAGAUACACUAGCCCUUAUCAUUGAUGGAAAAUCCCUUACCUUCGCCUUGGAACCGGACAUGGAGAAGAUCUUCUUCGAUCUGGCCGUGAUGUGCAAGGCAGUCAUAUGUUGCCGUGUCUCGCCGUUGCAGAAGGCUCUAGUUGUGAAGAUGGUCAAAAAGUUCUCCCCGGAAAUUCUCCUCGCCAUUGGCGACGGGGCCAACGACGUAUCUAUGAUCCAGGCUGCUCAUAUCGGUGUCGGUAUUUCAGGUGUCGAAGGUCUCCAGGCUGCCCGGUCAGCCGAUAUCUCCAUCGCCCAAUUUCGAUUCCUCCGCAAAUUAACUCUCGUUCAUGGCGCAUGGAGUUAUCAGCGGAUCAGCAAGACGAUUCUCUUUUCCUUCUACAAAAAUAUCACUCUGUACAUGACGCAAUUUUGGUACACUUUCCAAAACGUCUUCUCCGGCGCAAUUAUCUUCGAAUCUUGGACAUUGUCCUUUUACAAUGUUUUCUAUACCGUGCUUCCUCCUUUGGUCAUGGGUAUCCUCGAUCAGUUCAUUUCCGCAAGGCUACUUGACCGUUAUCCGCAGUUGUACACGCUGGGUCAGCAAAAUCAAUUUUUCAAGAUCGGCACGUUCGCCGCAUGGAUCGCUAAUGCCGUCUACCACUCUAUUGUCUUGUAUAUUUUCUCUGAAUUGAUCUGGUAUAGUGACUUGAAGCUGGGUGAUGGCACGAUGGCGGGACAUUGGGUUUGGGGCACGGCUCUAUAUGCGGCAACACUUGCGACCGUUCUAGGAAAGGCUGCUUUGGUGACGAGCAACUGGACAAAGUAUCACGUCAUGGCCAUUCCGGGCAGCAUGCUUAUUUGGUAUGUGUUCGUUAUCAUCUAUGCCACAGUCGCUCCUAUGCUCGGAUUCUCGGAGGAAUACGACGGGCUGGUGCCGAAAUUAUUUGCCAAUCCCGUUUUCUGGCUGCAGACGGUGGCGUUGCCCAUGCUCUGUCUUUUGCGUGACUUCUCUUGGAAAUUUGCCAAGAGGAUGUACUACCCGCAGACGUACCAUCACAUUCAAGAAAUCCAGAAGUACAACAUCCAGGACUAUCGUCCAAGGAUGGAACAAUUCCAGAAGGCGAUCAGGAAGGUCCGGCAGGUACAGCGGAUGAGGAAGCAACGCGGUUACGCUUUCUCACAAGCGGAUGAAAGCCAGACGCGCGUAAUAAAUGCGUACGACACUACGAGGCAUAGAGGAAGGUACGGCGAGAUGCCGGCAUCCACGUCGGAAAGGUAGUCCGUUUAGGGGAGAGGGAGUGCGGGUUCGGUAGUUUUGUUGUACUAUAUAAGUUCUAUGGAUACGAUUACUACGAAUCUCGGUAGAGCGGCGUAAAGAGAAAAAAAAGAGAAGCCACAAUAAAUGAUUGGGCAAUAAGAUGCCGUCGAUGAAAUUAUGCAUUCUGAUUCUAAUGAUGCUUUUAAUGCUGAUAGGAAUAGGGUUAAUAGGGUUAAUAGGGUUAAUAGGGGUUUGCGGUGAUGAUGAUGGUUAUGACUAUGGCUAUGGUUAUGGUUAUGGUUAUGUAGUCCAGUAGUGUAGUGUUUUAUUCUUAAAGGGGGGAGAAGCCUCCAGUCGAUGCAAGAUGCAGGAUGCAGGAUGCAAGAUGUAUGUAGCUGUAACCGGCCAAUCAAGACACGUACAAUCUUAAAAC